GACCCAGAUGACAUUUCAACAUGUCCGAACGACUUGAGCCAUGGGCAUGGGUGGUGGUAGUGGCAUCACUUUGUGCUCUUUUCCUCAACACGGGCCUGUCCUUUGUUGCCGGUGUCAUGCACGUGGCGCUUCUAGAGACGUUUCAAGAUGACGUCACACUGACGUCGUGGAUUGGUCCCGUGGCCAGCUUCAUCAUCAACAGAUGGAACUGUCGGUGUUGUGUCAUAGUAAGCGGUGUGCUUGGCCUCGUUGGAUUUGCUUCCAGUAGCCUCGCUGGUGACAUACGCUGGCUCUUCCUCACAUACGCCCUGAUGGCUGGACUUGGUCAAGGGUUGUGCCUCACCGGGUGUUUGGUGCUGCUCGGGUUUUACUUCAAGAAGCAGACAAGCCUAGCCACAGGAAUAGGAAUAGCUGGCUGUGGACUUGGCACCUUUCUUCUUCCCCCUCUGACACAGCAUCUGGUGGACGGGUAUGGACUCAAAGGGGCCUUCCUCUUCCUGGGAGCAAUUGCCUUUCAGUCUUGUGUGUGUGGUUUUCUCAUGAGACCAUCCCGACACGAGCGCAAAAGUCACGAGAGCCAAAAGGCAGAUAGAGAAACCAGCCAAGAGAACUUAGCUUCAAGAUGCCAAUCCUGCUUCAAGAAAAUUCGCUCAUGCUCUAUACCACACUUCCUAAACAUGGCCUUUUCCUUGUAUCUGUUAAGCAUCCUGAUUUUCACAAUUGGAAGCUCUAUCCUAAAGCUGUACCUGCCUGACUUUUUUAUGAAGCAAGGGUCUACCUUCCAACACGCUUCUUCACUUGUAUCAUUUUAUGGUAUCGGCGGCAUCUUGUCCAGGAUCUGCCUCGGAUUUACUGCAACGGAUCCCCAAAUUGGACCAUUGCUUCUGCACAUAGGGGUCAAUGGUCUGACCAGUGUUCUUGUGUACUUCCUAUACCCACUAACACGAACGUCUAUGUUGAAGAUUAUAUUUUCGUUUUGUUAUGGACUUUAUAAUGGUGGAACCUGGUCCCUGUUAAACCCAAUAACAUAUAACAUCGUGGGAGUACAUAAUCUAGCAUCAGCCAUGGGGUUGGUGAUGUUUACAAGCGGAACAGGGUUCCUCAUUGGUGGACCCAUUGCAGGAAUUCUGCUUGAGGCGACGGGAGAUUAUCACAUCGCAAUCAUGUUUUCAGCCUCGUGUUUUCUUCUGGCAUCCAUACUUGGUUUACUGAUGAUCUGUGCGAGGUCAGAACGUUCAGUUGGAGAGACACCACUUACUACAACCCUACCGGAAAGAGAGGCCUUGGAAGUUUAAAUAAAGUCGAUGUUUGUGUUAGGGAACUGAACCUCUUGUUAGUUAAUCAGUGUACAGUGCAACCAUGGGAGUCCGAGUCCAGUUAAUCUGGAAACCCUACCUUCUGGACGAUUCCCGUUG